UUUAAUUCGAACACUUCGUGCAAAAGUCGAAAGAAAACGGAUGGCUCGCUGAUUCGAUGAACUCUCGCGCAAAUUUCCGCGCUUCCCCUUCUUUGCUUUUAUUUUAAACGUUACGAGGUUUUCGCAAAAAUUUGUCACCAGCUUCGCAUCUCGUUUUUUCGAAGAAAUUGCGCGUUUUUACGCCGAAUAUUCUACGAAAGAAGAAAAAAAAGGAAGACCGCCGUUGCAGCGAAAAACGCGCCCCUUUAUUUCUGUCCUGUCUUUUCUAUCUUUCUACCUUAUUAUACGUGGUAUUUUAGUCUUUACAUGGAUUCGCAAAGAUGAUUUCGUCAGUGACGAAAUAUAUUACAAAAUAAAACAAAAAAAGGAAGGAAAUACUCUAACAUCUUUCGCAUAUUCCCACUAUACGAUUCACUGCGACGCAAAAGUGAAGAUUUACGAGCCAUGUACUUCUUUAUAUGUAAAUUUCUAAAGAAGAUGUACGUUCGACCUUGCGAAAGUAAUAAGCGUUUGGACGAAAGAACGACAGAUGGGAAAAAAAGAAACGUGCAUUCUAAUGGUAAGCGUUAGUUCACCGAGGCAACGAUAACGAGCCACUCUAGAAACUAUAACUCGAGUAAUCAACGUAAUAUUCAUCGCUUUCACCAAACACCGUUUACGAACGAAAAAACGGUUUACGUUCGUGCAAAGUAUCUAUGAAUUAUGACGUUUCCAUAUGCUGCAAAGACCUGUCUAAAGAAUGAAAGUAGUAUUUUGUAUCGAAAUGUAGUAUAGUAAAGUCGAACGAAUCGAGCCAUGAAACGAAGAAGAAGGCGCAAGGAUUUCCUAAAUAUUGAGAGAAUCCUGAUAGCAGGAUCGUCGGGAUUUACGAAGGGGUUUUUUGGAAAGAGACAGAACGCCAUUUGUCGGCGACUGUUGUCGGAGGGCCGAAGAAGGAAAUGUGUUUACCACGGUAAAGUAUAUCGCGAAGAGAAAGGGGGGCCCCAAGUCGCCAGGUAAACGUGACUGCUAACUCGAUUCGCUUCAUUCAGUGCGUGAUCCUUAGUCUCGUGUGUGCGUCUAACUUUGCCCCCUCGAGACUCGAUUUUUUCACUCGUGUCUAAUAUCUCGAGAAGAAAUAAACGAAUUCGGGCUCUAUUCGCACGAUUUAUCCGGUAAUUCCGUGUCGUUACUCGAUCGUUGUUACGCUAAGCGGCAAUUCGCAUUGGAAAUAGAGUCGAACCGGUGGUUAGUGAGAAACGAAAGUGAGUCUCGUUCUACGAUCGUAAACUGUCUGGGAUAACCCGGUUGCAUUCCUGUCACGAUCGACCUUCCGCGUCCUUAAACAUGCUCGAUGAUUUGAACAGCUGAGCAAUCGAGAAACGAAGAUUGCCCAUCGAGGCAAGUUCAGUCACUGUCCUAACUUAAUAUGACGUGUGGAAAUUUCGACGAAAGAAACCGACGACAUGUUUAGGAACCGAGAGAGAAGUGCAGCGUCGAUCCGUAUUGGAAAACGCGAUACAAAAUACGAGAUAAUUGGGCCGUUUCGUAAAAUCGCCCCGAAAAUGUCGCUUUACAUUGGCUGCUUUUUAUUCGUGCUAAACUGCGUCGUAGACGCGAGUCCAGUUUCCAGGAACGAGUCCAACAUUCUGCGAAUCGGCAGGCCUCAAGACGCGUCGUCGAUAACGGCCAGGGUGACAAAUUUGAACAGCACCGAUUACGAGGUGGAGAAGCAAACGUCGAAAGAUAAACGCGGCCCGUUAAUUGAAUUCAGCAAAAACAAUCCGGAACUUGAUUGGAAGAAGUAUCUGAAGUUGUUCGACGAGAAGCAGGAGGAACACGAAGAUCUGGAUAUCGAUUUCAUGAAAGAAAAGUUGCAGAAAACGGCGAACAGUAUCCAAUGGCUGGUGGAUCUUUACGAUCCCCUCAAGUGGUCUAGAGUACCUGGCAAACUCGGGCACGACUGCAGGAACGAACUAGAAUUGUUUCUCGAGUCUCUCAAGGAUGGAAAGCUGUGGGCCGCCAAGAUGUCGGACGCCAGUGGCCGUUAUUCAUCGCAAUUCCAUUUCGGGAACGGUUUCUGGCUUGGUUCGAGCACCCUCUGCAAAGAGCUAAACGCCACCAGAGGAAGUAUUCGCCAGGAACUCGACGAUACUCCGCCCUAUGCGUUGAAAUUUCACGUAGCGAGGAUGUACUUGACGUUGCCCAAGGAACUCGAAUUCUCGACAAGACAAGUAUUUUUGGGUCUUUGCCUGCCAGCUACGUGCGACCAAGCAUCCCUGACCUCGAUGCUAAGAGCGAACGCCGAUCGAGUCGAACGAGAAGGUAACUCGACUUAUCGAUCGACCGGCCCGAAGAUCCACAUCGUUGCGGUGAAAUCUGUGCCUUCGAGCAAUUACAACCCUUGGCGCGAUCCCAAGUCGUACGUUCUCUCAGGAGUCGCAGGCGCGAUACUAUUUCUGAUGAUCUGUGCGACUAUGUACGAGUACAGAACACGAGUACAACCGAAUGUCAAGGAUGUGGAAUCAUCCAGCGUAUCGAAUAACAACGAGAGACUGAGCAAUUUUUCCAACAAAAAUCUAAACCAAGAUGGCGAAGUGAUCCAAGAAAAUGGGGAGGAGCUGAUCGAAAAGGGGAAGAACUUGCAAAAAGAAUCGCCUGAUCGUUCUGAAAAGGAGAGCAAGAAAGGCUUCUGGCUAACGUGUCUAACAGCUUUCGAUCCUAUCGCGAACGGCAGCAAGAUUGUUAGCACCGAACCUGCCGCGAGAGAUAGCCUGACUUGUCUACAUGGGCUCAGAGUGUUCUCGCUGGGAUGGGUGGUCAUGGUGCACACUUAUCUUCAAGUCUUCUCCAUCGCUGAGAAUAAAACCCUGCGUUCGGUGACAGAGCGGAAUUUUAUGUUCCAAACUAUCAGCAACGCCACCUUCUCCGUAGACACAUUUUUCUUCAUCAGUGGCUUGUUAGUUACGAUCCUCUUCUAUCGGUCUUCCGGUAGCUUGAAAAAUGACAAGGGCAUUUUCUGGAAGACAUGUUUCACCAAAUUUAUCAUCAUGAUCCUCUACAGAUUUAUAAGAUUGACACCGGCGUAUCUCUUCGUUCUGGGAAUAAACGAGAUCGCCAUCAAGUAUGCGCUGUCAAGGACGGUGUUCUCGCCAGUGAUCGUCGACCAUUUGACAUGCGAAAAGUUUUGGUGGAGAAACGCAUUGUACCUUAACUCGCUCUACCCUCGUACCGAGAUGUGUAUGCUGUGGAGCUGGUAUAUGGCGAACGACACACAGUUCUACGUUCUCGGAAUACUUUUGCUUCUUCUAUCUAUCAAAUACCUGAAGGUCAUCACCGUCGUGAUUUUGCUAUUGAUCGCCUCUUCGUGGUUUACCACCUUCUCCGUCGCCUAUUCCAACGAUUACAUCGCCAGAAUCCAAGAACCGUUUGCGCUUUUCGACGAGCUGUACGAUAAACCUUGGCUGAGAGCUGGGCCUUACUUCGUUGGCAUCAUCACCGGUUACAUUUUGUUCAGAACGAAUUGCAAAUUGAAAUUGCCUCUGAUCGUACGAGUAAUCGGCUGGGUAUUAUCUACUGCCAUAAUGUUCUCGGUAGUUUACGGUCUAUAUCCCGGAAACUUAACCGUGCCGGUGAGUUCCGUGUACGCCGCCUUAGGACACACCGCCUGGGCGAUUGGUGUAUCCUUCAUCGUGAUUCAAUGCUGCACCGGGUACGCUAGAAUGAUCGACAGUCUGCUGUCGCUCAGACUGAUAUAUCCGCUAUCGAGGUUGACUUACUGCGCGUACUUGGUGCAUCCUGUCAUCAUGAUGGUCACUGUAUCCCAGAUGGAUGGCCCGCUUCACCUUCACAAUAAUAUCGUGCUGAUCUUGUACUUUGGCAAUCUGGUCGCCUCCUACUUGAUGUCGUUCUGCAUUUCCAUCGCGUUCGAGGCGCCCAUCGUCAAUCUGCUCAAGAUCGCUUUCAUAUCGAAGAAGAGGAUAAGAUAGAGAAAGACCGAACGUAGCGUAUCGCGCGAUCGACGCUAGGAUUUAAUCGUAGCUCUCCAGCGGAAGAGGAAAGAAUCCCCGACUUUCUGGCGGAUAUUUUCGGGACAAAGAUAAAAGCCGCUUUCGUGCAUCUAUUUUUCACGACAGUGAUACAAUACGCUGCUUUGACGAUUUAGACGAUGCGAAAUCAAUGCGAUUUCGUCGUACUUAAUAGGAAUAUGUUUGCAUAGACGCUUAUGACUGUCGUAAAGUAUAAAUCAAAGGCAAAUGCGUCUUCCGUAGAAUACAGGCGAUCAAAGGCGUAUUAAAUUCGUAAUUUCGCAGAAAAAGCGGGCGUUCAUCUUGUCUCGCUCUUCGUUCGUGUCAUGAGCGUGAGAGAGAUUCUUCGUAUCGCCGAUACAAUAGGCCUCUCGCGUAUUAUUUUAUACGAUUCCAAUAGCGUUUCUACCGUUGAUCGCGAUCAUGUGCCACGAGAAUAUUUACAAUUGAUGCAGUAAGGAGACUUGGACGAAAGUUGGAAAUCGAGCGAAGAUCGAAAGAAGAAACGAUCAGAAGCCGUUCCCAGCCACCGCUAGUCCAGUUCAACGAAAGCAGAAGAAAUUGGAAAACGAUAAAGGCGGCGAAGCAAUUGUAGCUUAAGACCGAACUUUAAAUAACUAAGAUCAAUAGCACACCUGUUCGCGAGUGUCGAUAACGAAAGAAAAUGUUUGUACAAAAAAUUGUAAAAAGCGUACUAGUUUCGUUUUAAACGUACUAGUAUUUUCCGAGCGACGAAUAUAUCGUCUGUGUGUGCGGCACAGCGACAGAAAUAGAAAAGCGCGUUAAACUUAGAUCGAAGAAAAGAUAAAUCGAUAUUUGCGCGAUCUCUGACGCUGUUUCACGCUUGGACGAAAUUUAAUGUUAGUCGGACGUGAUUCAUUUAAAGUCGCGUUGCUUCGUUAAAUUACAAAAAGCAGUUGAAAAACGAGUACGUUUUUCACGUCAUUCUUUCUUAGAUAUUAACUCGAUACACGCCUGUUUACCGCAAAAAGAAAAGAAAAACUGUCGUCACGUAGGCGUUAUAACUGUUAGAAAAAAGAAAAAUAUUAUGCAAAGCGCGCCGAAUCUCUUCUGCUGCCAACGGCUAAAUUAAAAAUCACUGAAGCGUAAUUGAUAUUUAGAGUAAAAGAUUAAUCGUAAAAAAGUGUUUCUAGUUUACUCGUGAACCAACAUUCGCUGUGUUUCGCCACACGGCUGCAAAAAGUAAGCUUACCUUUUUUUCAUCCUUUAGCGUAAAAACGUAACGGAAAAAGCAAAUAAAUAUAUGCGGGCAGAAACGAGCACGAAGGGAAAUAUGUAAACAGCGCACGGAGUAAUUCUGGCCUGGUACUCGUGCACGCGUGUUCGAUCUUUGCGUGGUGCUACGUGCUCGGAAGCACACGAUUAGUAAUGCAAUUAACGUCCCGUCAAUUACGGCCGUAUAACGUCCAUUUCACGCGAUUAUCGCAACGCGACCGACUGUCUCGCACUUGCAUCAUCUGUCGCGUAUAUCAAUGCCAUGACGUUUGCCUUCUCUUUCUGCGUAUUCUUCAAACCUGCUUAUAAAUCUCACUACUUUCCCUUUCACUUUUUCAUUUUUCACUUCCUCUUUGGCGAUACUUUGAUUCACUUCGCGAUUCCGCUAUUUCGACACCAUUAUUAAACUAUUUACAGCGCAGUGUCGAAAAAUCUUCGAGCAAAGAUCGCGACGUAUUUUCCAGGAAAUUCUAGUUCCAUUCCAGUCGCGUAGAAUCCAGAGAAUCCAAGAUCAGAGUUGUCUAGUACGGUUUACGAUUUAUCGCGAAACUGUAGCCAUCAAACGGUAGUCAGAAAUCGAAAUGACAUGCUCGCGACUCGAGCCAAACCGAAAUUCCGCAAACUGUCUUCCACGCGCCUUUUCUCGUUCCGCGUUUAAUAACGAUUACCAAAAAAAUCAAUGGAACUUUUACGAGCCGGAACGUUCGGAAAUCGAAUAUCGUGGAAUAUGAUUUUCGAGGCAGUCAAAUUUCCAAGUGAUUUUAGAAGCGAAUUUUCAUCUCCGAAAUAGCAAUAUCCGAUAACUGGAAUCGAAGGUUGGAAAGAAAUGAGACGAGAAGAGUAAAAAUUUACGAGGAUCCUCGGUCGGAUAACUAGUUCGUUAAUGGAAUCGAAUGCAAAUCAGGCAGGGCUGUAUUUCGUAUUUGUAGUCGAGCAAAUAGAUACGGUUAAUCGGCAUAGUCGGCCCGACAGCAACCAGAGUCUAAUGCUAAUACAAGUACGAGCAUCCCUCCAUUGACAAUCCAAUUUACGUAUAUAUCCUGUGUAGCUUCUAAAGUGCAUCGUCUAAAUCGAAUUCGAAAUGCGCGUCGGUUUUCGGCCGACUUCUCGACCAUCGUUUUAAUCGAGCAAAUACCGUGCAACGAAUAACGAUUUAAUGCGUUAACGAAGAUUAUUAAUGGAACGUUGCAUGUCGUUAAUCAGUUGCGGAUAACGAAUCGGACGAUAUGAUCGGUAAUUUAGGAUCGAAUAUUUUAUACUCGCUCGUUAGAGGCGGUAACAAGUUGUGUGCAACUUCGACCCGGUUAAUUUUUCAUUGUUCUCUCAAUUAUUCGCAUACGUGUAACGUUCGUGGCUGGAAAGUUUCGCAAACUUUCGAUGUUUCGAUCAUCGAAUUUAUGUUAUUCUCAACUACUGCUCCAUUUAAUCUACUCGUAAUUCUACUCGUUAUUCUCAACUCGAUUUUCAAAAGUUACGCGUUUCAUGCACGUUCUAUUGAAACGAUAUACAUAUGCAUGCAUGUACACGUACAUAUACAGAUACGAUAUAGGUAUACAAUAAGUACAUAGAUAUAAAAGUUUGGUACGGUUAAUGUCUAAAUAUUUUCGCCAGCCGCUAUAUUCGGGUCAUUGGUCAGAGGUGAAUAUCCAAGGCGAAUACGAUGUUACGGUAUAAGCGCAUCCCUAUCGCAUCCCGUCCGUUUCAAGUGAUUUCGCGGUUGCACGUGUCAGCUCGCGUACAGGCUCGCGUAUGCAUAGAAGGCCGUGCUUUGCUGCAGGUGUACCCGUUUUAGUAUUGUCACGCAAACGUCAUCGGAUUAAGUUGGCGACGUAAGCGAAAGAUGAACAAACGAUAACGUAAUAGUACGAGCUAGACGCCUCGUUAACCGAAUCGAUAUACAGUGCGUUAAUCAUCGCGCGUACCUCUCUGCGUCCAACCGGUUAAUGCGCACGCACCUAUUGUCUCUAGCUAAUUAAGGCUUCGACGGGCAUUCCGGUUAAUGGUCUCGUCUAAAUAAUUCAUCGUUGAUGAAAUGGAACGUAUUUCCGAUCGUGCAAGUAAUAAUCCAGUUUCAGCGAGAUGAACGCACCUGUAUUUUCCUCGUUUCGGUAAAAAUAUUUCCGGGACAGCACAGAACAGGGAAAUGCCGCGCGUAUUCCAAAAUAUUUCGUUUUAAAGGAGAUAUAUUCGUAUCGAUAUGCACAGCCGGAAAUAUACGUAUGCUAGUACCGAGAACGAAUAAGAAUGCCAUGCUCUUGCAACCAUUUCCGUCCCUAUUUCGUCCAAUUUGUUCUUAUUCGCGUUUCGAAUCCAUCACCGACCGAUACCAAGGAUGUUGGAGAAAAUUUUACAUACUUUCUGUGAUUUCAUUUGUUCGUACGUAUGUUGAAAAGUGGAAACGUCCAAGAUGAACUGUAUCCGACGUCUGUUUCGCGAAUUCGCGCUGAAACCAGGCCGUCCUCGUGAAAUAAUUGGAGCAAAGUUAUGUAUGAUAUAUGAACAGGCCUAUUUUCGACGAGUUACUGGAGCAAGGACUGCUUAACGAGGUACGGAAGCGGAAGAUCUUAACGCUUUCGCUGCUAUGUUUUACUGCCGAUUGUACGUGCAGCGCACGGUCGUUGACGAUUUACAUUGUUACACGGGUCCAAAGUUAAAGGAAAGCUUUAUCGGAAAAGUGGAACGAGGCAGAAAGGGGCUGCAACAACGGAAAGAACUGCAGUCCGAGGAAGUCGUCGAUCAAGGUACCUGAACGAAGAUGAAUUAAUCAGAAGCUCGCGAUAUCGAAAACACGUAAAGGAGAGUAUCGAAGAAAUUGGUGGUGGCGCAGGCGCGGGGAACGUGGCGCGCAGCAAGAGCCGCAUUUUCACGAGCAGUUGGCCUAAAGGCGUCGCAGAUCGAGCACGCGAAACACGAGUCGCCCAGUAUCGGUCAAAAGACACGAGGUUUCGCGUGACGUCGCUAUCCCAACUUGCAGAUAAGUGUUUUCGAAAUACCAAAAACUUAUUUCGCUUGGACCCGAUUAACGAUAAAUAUUCCGAAAAUAAUCGACUAUCGAUUUGAAUAUCGUCGAAAUGCUCGCGGAAACAAUUUGACCGUUCGCGUAAGCUACGAUGUACGAUGGUUUUCGAUCGUGAGCGGAACGUAUCAAAUUUUCUGGAAGGUCGAAGGAAGCCACGAUCAAUCGUCCAUGGAUAGGACCAGCCUGCGCGAUACGUGAAAUUUGGUCGCGGUGAAGUAUUUCGAACAGGACGCGAAACGUGACGCGAAACGUGACUCGACUCGAAGUAACGAGAUCGCGCAAGUCCCAGGGUUCGACCAACUUUCCCAGACGCACUGACGUGGUACAUCGUGCCGUUGACAAGCAAGCAAGCAAUGUACUCCUCUUCCGAUCUUCCUACGACGUCGCAUCGAUUCAAAAGUAAAUAGAAUAAAUAGAAACACGUGUCAUCGAGAAGAAUCUAAAAUCCAAGUUCCGGAUAAACUUGAAAUACGAACACCAGCGAAAAACGUUUCCUGCCAGUAAUACAACAAGCAACGCAUCGAAAGAAAUUUAGCGGUCGUAUUUAUCGAUAGACAAAGAUCGCAAUGCUGUCCGAAUAAAUAUCGCGCGACUCGGCCUAUAUAGAACUUUAAAGACGUUCGUCUCGGCCUGAUCUACGAAUUAACCGCUGAUCUAUCCAAGCCGAGAAACAACUGUUCAUUCAAGAUAUUCACCGGUCAAUGAAUCGAACGAAUCUCUGCAUUGCCAACAGAAGUCCGGCCAAGUUGGACCAAACUCGAUCGCUGGAACGAUGAACAACCAAGGAUUUAGCA